UAUUUAACUUAGUAUGUAAUAUAUUUGCCAAGCGUGUGCGUUGUUUAAUUUAAUUUGUUUAUCUAUACAGAAAAAUAUAUGUUGUGAAUAUGAAUUCGGGAACAUGUGUGCGAGUGUGUUAUACGAAAAGGGACACCCGAGCUGCUGCGGCAACGACAAACAAUUAUAGAUUAGAAAAAUAAUAAUAAAAACAAAAAAAGAAAUAAUUUUAAAAAAAUGUAAAAGACUCUAAAGCAUCGGUUCCUUGCACGCGCAGAACAAAACAUAGAAACGGCAGUAAUAUGGUCACAGAGAUCGAAAUCUGUGUUUUCAAACUACAAUGUCGGUGAAUGGAAUGACGCUUGGAGGAAUUGCAUUUGCCACAGCAGAUACUGAACCAGCGCUUGGGAUAGGGGAAACAAACCAAAUCCAGAAUCCGAACAUUUUAAGCUCAACUGCGAAACAAAGGAAAUAUUUCGAGCUGUCAUCUGCAGCACAAAUGAACACGUUGCCGCCGCACAGUGGAUAUAGUGCAGUGAGUUCAGCAGCUAUAGCUUCGCUAUCAAUAUCGCCCACAUCCAAUAACACGAACACAAACCUGUCAUCAGCAUCAUCAUCGACCUCGUCGUCCUGUGAGAGUGGCAUUGUGGUGAGGGAUAGCUCCCUAUCGUCACAUGCCCAUGUGCAUACGGAAAUUUUAUCAAAACCAAUGACUAAAUCACCACUGCAUUCCGAUUCUCCUUCAUCAUUGCUAAGCGAUAGGCGCUCCUCUGCAAUAAUGUCUGGUCAUGCUACCACGAUAGCUGCCACACAAAUCACACCAAAAAUGCUAAACGAUAUAAACAUGGCCGAGUCAAUUCAUAAAAUUAAUCAACCCCAUCAUCAAUUGCUUGAGCAACAACAAAAAGUGCAUCAGCAAAUACCGCUUUCUGAAGAUCCACGCACAUUGCAAUUGGCAUUGGAAUUAUCUUUGGUUGGCCUGAAUGAAAACCAAAACUGCUACGUUCAGCCAACCGCACAAAGCGAUUUUGAACUGGGCCCUAUUAAUGUCGUAUCUGCAGCUUUUACCAGGACUGAGGCGAGCAUGAACAACCUGCCCUUUCCCACGGCAUCUGGAACUGGUCUCUUGAUGCCAUCGGCCGGCAUAGAGGAUCGCUCAAAAAAGUCUCAAAACAUGACUGAAUGCGUACCGGUUCCGAGCUCAGAACAUGUUGCGGAAAUCGUUGGACGACAAGGAUGUAAGAUUAAGGCUCUACGAGCUAAGACAAACACAUAUAUUAAGACUCCAGUGCGUGGCGAGGAGCCAGUGUUUGUGGUUACAGGACGCAAGGAGGAUGUUAAUAAGGCUAAAAGGGAAAUACUCUCGGCUGCUGAUCACUUUAGUCUGAUUCGAGCUUCACGAAAGCCAGCCAUGGAUGGACACAACAAUGGAGCAACUGGGAACAGCGGAUCCUUUACCGGGAGCAUGGUUGGACGUACUCAGUCGGGGCCACCGUCCCUUCCCGGUCAGAUUACCAUACAGGUACGUGUACCUUAUCGGGUUGUGGGACUAGUUGUUGGUCCAAAAGGUGCAACAAUAAAACACAUACAGCAAGAAACACAGACAUAUAUUGUCACCCCCUCGCGGGAAAAAGAGCCGAUCUUUGAGGUGACUGGUCUGCCCGAAAAUGUUCAAACCGCACGCAAGCAAAUCGAGGCCCACAUAGCACUUCGAACAGGCAGUAUUAGCACACACGGCAGUGAAAACGGCACUGAAUCAUUGGACUCGAAUGAGUUCGCAACUCUACAUACAAUUAAUACAUUGACCCAGAUGUUGAACGAUGAUUUUAACCCAGACAUAUUGUCAUCUAUCUAUAAGAACGAUAUUUCUCCAACUGUGGACUACGUGGAUAAAACGCUGAAGAGCAUCGAUAGCCUGAGCCUUUCCAAUUCCUCUUGCUCGAACAUGAAGCCCAUGCCUCCAACAAACUGUUUUCCUCAUUCUGAGCCCGUCGAUGUAAUGCCCAUAAUGGGCGCUGAUAAACACUUUCCCAUAUCGGGAAGUGAGCUUCACAAUAUUCAGAACGCCAAAGUAAAUAACAUAUUCCGCAAUAACCAAAACAACAGUAACUCUUCCGCCAACAAGGUUCAAUCGUUUUGUCCUCCCCCCACAUCCACGAGCACUCAAUGCAUCUCCACCGGAUCGAACUCGGCGAACAUUUUGACGCGCUCAUGCUCAUCAGCCUCCUCAACCGCAUCAACAAAAAGCACAAAUAACAGCGCCAAUAGUACUAACAGCGUUAAUACUCCCCCAGAGCUGUUGAAUAUAUGGAAGAAUUUAAGCGACUCGAUUGAUGUGGACGAGGGCAUCGGAGAUUCGCCAAGCAUUUGGAAUCUGCCCACAACGGUGGCAGCCGCAUCCCAUUGCUCGCCAGCCGCUUCGAUAAGCCCAACAGAUUCGCUCCUCGGAGAUCACAAUAUGACAAAUCAGAGAAUACGCCACGCGAAGGGAUCGUGUGCAAAUAAUGCGCCCAUGCAGCAUCCUCCACGUGCAGGAGCAGCGCAGCCCAACAACCCAGAUAAGCUCUCAUCACAUCGCGAAUGCUUCGUCUGCAAUGAAAAAGAGGUGACCACUGCUCUAGUUCCCUGUGGACAUAACAUGUUCUGCAUGGACUGCGCCAAUCAGAUCUGUGUGGCCAUGGAAGCCGUCUGUCCGGUUUGCAACUCUAUCGUAUACCAUGCCAUGCGUAUUUUGGCUUAAACGUACGACCAGAAGCGGACCCGUGCUCUAAAUUCUUCUAGAGAAAGGGUCGUAUGUGGCCUGACCAUCGCAAAAAGUAGUCUCCCGAAAGUUGACGAUGGUUAGGUGAUUAGGGAAUGAUUCAUUCAUUAAAUCUACAUGUUUGUACUUCACUAGAUGUGCGUGUACCCAAAACUCUCCUUUUUUCUCACUCUGAAGAUUUUAUAUCAGGCAUUAUUAUAAAUAACGAACUCACAAAUACUCAUCAUUUGUAUUUGCUUGAAGAACGAUGCAGUCUUGUCAAGACCUA